AUGCCUGGAUGCUUCGGCGUGUUGACCUUGCCAGUGCCUUCGGCCCUGAUCAAUGUCGUCGAGUUUGCUUCGAGAGAAGCUCUUGACAUCAAAGAUCGAUCAGUCACUGAGCACUCUCACCCUUCAUCCAUUCGUCUCGUCACAUCCAUCCUGUUUAACCGCCGCCACAAUGCCAGAUCGUUUCAAAGAGUAAACGUCACUUUCGUCAAGGCUCUCAUCGAAGCUGCCAAAUCCGACCCCGCCCAGUACCGGGCGGUCAAGGAUCUAAUCUCCGACGACGCGUUCUGGCAUCUGGUUGACCGUCAAAGUGCUCCUGGCCCAGAGAUCUCCUGGCUCAAAUCGAGCGCUGGGUCUUGCACCGCCGACCUUGAAGCAGCUCUGGAGCACAUAAAGGUGAUCUUCAAAGUGAACGUCACUUUCGUCAAGGCUCUCAUCGAAGCUGUCAAAUCCGACCCCGCUAAGCACCGGGGCGUCAAAGACCUGAUCCCCGAUGACACAUUCUGGCAUCUGGUGGACGGUCACGGUGCUCCUGGCCCAGAGAUCUCCUGGCUCGAAUCGAGCGCUGGGUCUUGCACCACCAACCUUGAAGCAGCUGUGGACCACAUAAAGCACCGGGGCGUCAAGGACCUGAUCCCCGAUGACACAUUCUGGCAUCUGGUGGACGGUCACGGUGCUCCUGGCCCAGAGAUCGUCCAGCUUGAAUCGAGCACUGGGUUUUGCACCGCCGACCUUGAAGCAGCUCUGAAGCACAUAAAGAACGCCACCAAGAUCUGGGCAAAGAUGGAUCCUUCUAGCAAGGUUCUUGAUUUCCACAAAACCAUCAAGAACUGUCAAGCCAUUGCAACACUUGCCAAGGAGCUGGAAGAUGUUUUAAUGCAGGUCAAUGCCAUCAUCUCAGAGCAUGAUGUGCCUGCUACCUGCUCACACCUUGCAGCAGAGCUCUCCAUGGAGGAAGCAAAGGCGCUGCUGGAGAAGGUGAAGAGCAUGGAGAGCGUGCAGAAGACGAGGACAGGGAACGCAAACAAUGCUCGUGUUUGCAGCUGGCUUUGUGGACUAGGCUGGCACAAGCUUGACAAGGCAGAGGCUCUCUUGGACAAAUUUGCAAUGGUGGAUGAGGAUGUUGAUGGAGAGUUUGAGCUCAAGGAGGGAUACAAGUUUAUGGAGCUUUUGGACAAUUCUCAUGAAUGUGACUUUUACACCCAGCGCGUUUGGGAGUCCAGCUUGUCAAGACUCAGCACUCACGCACCUUGGGGUCUCUGGGCUGAGCUGAAGUUGCUCAGUCAAGAGUCAGAGUAUCUGACCACUACACGCAGCCUCUGGAUUGUUGCCUCGUCCAUCAUUCGCCUUCAACCGACACCCGAAGGCUCACAACCUCUGAAGCAGGGCUGUUACGUGCCGCGUGCUUCAUUCAGACCUCAACAACGGCGUUGA